AUGAGGAUUUUAAGCUGGAACUGCCAAGGGCUUGGGAACCUUUGGACAGUUCAAAGCCUUCACAAAUUAGUGAGGGAACAAGCUCCCGAUGUCUGUUUCUUAAUGGAAACAAGGUUGAAUCGAAGUGGUUUUGAGCAACAUUGUGGUGACGUGCCUUUUAAAAAUAAGUUGAUAGUGAAAAAACCAAAUUCGGGUGGAGGGUUGGCCUUGAUGUGGAAGGAGGAAGUGAAUUUGGAUGUGGUUAAUUUUACUGACAAUCAUAUUUUGGCUAAAGUGGUGGAAUCUGAUGGUUUUAUGUGGCAUUUGACUGGAUUUUAUGGGUGGCCUGAAGCGAAUGAAAAGAGGAAGUCAUGGGCACUUUUAUCUCAUUUAAAGACUUUUGUUGAGGGUCCUUGGUGUUGCAUUGGGGAUUUCAAUGCAAUACAUCAUGCUUCGGAGAAACAGAGUGUUAAUGCGCCUUACUUUAAUCAGAUGGAGGAUUUUCGAGUUGCUUUGGACAAUUGUGAGUUGAAAGAUUUGGGUUUCACUGGGCAUAAGUUCACAUGGACAAACAAACGGCCAGGGUCAGCUCAUACAAAGCAAAGGUUGGAUAGAGCUACGGCUAAUGAAAGUUGGUCUGAAAAGUUCCCUACAAGUUUGGUUUCCCAUUUAUUUAGCCAUUCUUCUGAUCACAUUCCUAUUCUAUUAACAACCAUGAAUGAUAGGCGGGUAAGGGGUAAGGGAGCUAGUGGUUUCAAGUUUGAGGAGUGCUGGUUGAUGUGGGAUGAUUGUGAGGAAGUCGUUUUGGAGGCAUGGACAAAAGGAGGGCAUGGUAGCUUGGGGUUGAGUGGUUUGAGGGACCAAAUCCAAAGUUGUGGGGCUGAGUUGCAUGCAUGGGGUUCUUCUAAAACUAAACCUGAAACAGAGGAGAUUAAAAGAUUAUAG